CAUCGCUCCUCACGAUUUCCUCGAAGUUCUUCCAAGCUCUGAUCCCGGGGAGGGGGGGAUGCGGCGCAGGGACGAAGAUGAGAAAAAGCAGGAUGUACCGCAUGGUCUUGGCCACUUGCUUGGGCUCCUUGCUCCUGGUCAUCUUCUACUUCCAGAGCAGCCUGAACCCGGCUGCAGAAGACAGGAUAUUGAGGAUCAGCUGGCACGGAAAAUUUGGUCGAAGUCCACUUCAGACUCUUUACAAGGGUGACCAGCUUGAGCAGUCCUCCCUGCAGGCAAUUCAUCAACACAGGAGGGAGCUGCUAAACAGUAUGUGCCAUCGAUACACCCGCAAGCGACGACUCCUAACUCCAGAUGACUUGUGGCACCUGGUGGUGGAUGAUGUCCAUGAGAUGCUCUACUGCUAUGUCCCCAAGGUGGCUUGCACUAAUUGGAAGAAGGUCCUGAUGGUCUUGACAGGGAAGGGCAAGUACCAGGACCCCCUGGAAAUCCCAGCACAUGAAGCUCAUGUACCAGCCAACCUCCGCACUCUCUCCGAGUAUAGCACUCCUUAGAUCAACUAUUGCUUGCACAACUACCUCAAGUUCAUCUUUGUAUGGGAGCCUCUGGAACGGUUGGUUUCAGUCUACCGGAACAAAUUCACCCGUAGCUACAACACGGCAUUCCAUAAGCGCUACGGGACCAAGAUAAUCCGGCGGCACCGUCAAGACCCUAGCAGCGAAGCCCUGGAAAGCGGCCACGAUGUGCGUUUUGAAGAGUUUGUGUACUAUCUGUUGGAUCCAAAGACCCAGCGCGAGGAGCCUUUCAAUGAGCAUUGGGAGCGAGUGCACUCCCUUUGCCAUCCAUGCAUUAUCCACUAUGAUAUCAUUGGCAAGUAUGAGACCUUGGCUGACGAUGCCAACUAUAUCUUGCAAUUGGCUGAUGCAGGCAUCAAGUUCCCCUCCUCUUCUAAGGCCACCAGAACCAACAAUAACCUGACUGCAAAAUUCUUCAAGAACAUCAGCCCCUUCUACCAAAGAAGAUGAUUUAAUUUAUACAAGAUGGAUUACUUGCUCUUCAAUUACACCAUCCCUCCUUAUUUACACCUACGAUGAGGCUGGUGACAUGCCCUUUCCUCAUCGUUUCUGCUGUCAACCAACAGAGAUGGAUAUGAGAUGCUUGCAGCUCUACCUUUUUUGUUUUAUGUUUUAUCAGCACACAGAGUUCUCUCCGCCUUUUGUUCCUGUUUCAGUAGACAGAAUCUGCUAUGGUUUGUCUAUCCUUUCUCCUGUCCUUAACCAAACAGCAUUUGUUUCUAGGAAGCACUGGAACUAUGUCCUUUUGUCAGGAGGUGGGAUAAUCUGUGUGAAAGUAGGAGACACAAUAAAAUGUGCAUGCAUUUAAUGUGUUCAGUUAUAAUCCCCACAAAUUUCUCCACAGUGAGGGCGACAAGGGAAAUAUGAGCCAGA